AGGCUCUUAAAAAGAGCUCUGAUCUUCCGUCGCAGGGUUUCACCAUGGCCUGGGGCGCUAAGAAGCGCUUGAAGCAUGUUGCAGCGCUGAAGCAUUGGAUGCUCGACAAACUAACGGGUGUAUUUGUACCUCGUCCAUCGACAGGUCCCCACAAGCUGAGGGAAUGUCUUCCCCUGAUCGUCUUCCUUAGGAAUAGACUCAAGUAUGCAUUGACUGGAGAUGACGUAAAGAAGGUAUGUAUGCAACGCUUCAUUAAAAUUGAUGGCAAGGUUUGGGUGGCUAUCACAUACCCUGCUGGAUUCAUGGAUGUCAUCGGCAUCAAGACAGGUGAGCGUUUCUGCCUGGUCUAUGACACCAAGGGCGGUUUCGCUGUUUACUGCAUUACAGUGGAAGGGGCAAAGUACAACCCGUGCCAAGUGAGGAAGGUGACUAUGGGGAUGAAGGGAAUCCCACACCUGGUGACUCAUGAUACUGGAACCAUCCACUACCCAGAUCCUCUCAUCGGGGUGAACAAGACGAUGCAGAUUGAUUUAGGGACUGGCAAGAUAAUCAACUUUAUCAAAUUCCACACAGGCAAUGCGUGUAUGGUGAUCGGUGGAGCCAGCCUCAGUCAUGUUGGUGUGACCCCCAACAGGGAAAGACAUCCUGGUUCUUUAAAUGUGGUGCGUGUGAGGGAUGCCAAUGGCAACAGCUUUGCCCUGAAGCUUUCCAACUUUUUUGUCACUGGCAAUGGCAGUAAAUCUUGGAUUUCCCUGCCCAUGGAAAAGGGCACCCGACUUACUAUUGCUGACGAAAGAGAGAAGAGGCUGGCCACCAAACAGCAGUGGCUAAAUUGCAGUACCAGCAUAUUUUGUUUUUUUCUCAAAUAAACAGUGAA